AUGACUAGUAGUAAUCCUCCUCACCAUAAGCUCCACGUUGUGUUCUUCCCUUUCAUGGCUUACGGCCACAUGAUACCAACUCUCGACAUGGCUAAGCUUUUCUCUAGCAGAGGAGUCAAGUCCACAAUCAUCACCACACCUCUCAACUCCAAGACCUUCCAAAAACCCAUCGACCUAUUCAAGAACCUCAACCCUAGUCUCGAAAUCGACAUCCAGAUCUUCGAUUUCCCUUGCGUCCAGCUCGGUUUACCAGAAGGAUGCGAAAACGUCGAUGUCUUCUCUUUAACCAACGACUAUGAUAGACUUCACAUGACCUUAAAAUUCUUUUAUUCGACAAGGUUUUUCGAAGACCAGCUUCAGAACUUCCUCGAGACAGCGAGACCGGACUGUCUCAUCGCCGACAUGUUCUUCCCGUGGGCUACUGAAGCAGCUGAGAAGUCUCGUGUGCCAAGACUUGUGUUUCACGGCACUGGCUACUUCUCCAUGUGCGCUGGUUUUUGCAUCAAAGUGCAUAAACCACAAAACAGAGUUGCCUCGAGCUCUGAGCCGUUUGUGAUCCCUGAUCUUCCUGGGGACAUAGUGAUAACUCAAGAACAGAUCAUUGACGGCGACAACGAAUCCGAGAUUGGGAAGUUUAUGAUCGAGGUGAGAGAAUCAGAAGUGAAGAGCUCAGGUGUUGUUGUGAACAGCUUCUACGAGCUCGAACCUGAUUACGCAGAUUUUUACAAGAGAUUUGUAGCCAAGAAAGCGUGGCAUAUCGGUCCGCUUUCGGUUUACAACAGAAGAUUUGAGGAGAAAGCUGAGAGAGGAAAGAAAUCAAGCAUCGAUGAGGUCGAAUGCCUCAAGUGGCUUGACUCCAAGAAACAAGAUUCAGUCAUUUACAUGUCAUUUGGGAGUGUGGCUUCCUUCAAGAACGAGCAGCUAAUCGAGAUUGCUUUAGGGUUAGAAGCUUCUGGAGUAAACUUCAUCUGGGUCGUUAGGAAAACCAACACAGGUGAGAAAGAAGAGUGGUUACCGGAAGGGAUGGAGGAGAGGACGAAAGAGAAAGGGCUGAUAAUAAGAGGAUGGGCUCCACAGAUGCUGAUACUUGAGCACCAAGCAACCGGAGGGUUUGUGACUCAUUGUGGCUGGAACUCGCUUCUUGAAGGAGUGGCUGCAGGGGUACCGAUGGUGACGUGGCCGAUCGGAGCAGAGCAAUUCUACAACGAGAAGCUGGUUACGCAAGUGCUCAGAACUGGAGUGAGCGUGGGAGCCACAAAGCAUGUGAAAGUUAUGGGAGAUUUCAUAAUAAGCAGAGAGAAAGUGGAGAAGGCUGUGAGAGAAGUGCUGGUUGGGGAAGAGGUUGAGGAAAGGCGGGAACGUGCUAGGAAACUGGCGGAGAUGGCUAGAGCCGCCGUGGAAGAAGGAGGGUCUUCUUUUAACGACCUAAACAGUUUCAUACAAGAGUUUAGCUCAUAA